AUGUCAAAAAUCGAUGCGGAUCCUCAAUGGUUCUUCAAAAUCACUCAAAAUCUCGCAUUUCUUCUAACUCCCUUCAACAUUUUCACACUAUUCCUCAUAAUUUAUUGCAAUUUCGAGCAGACUCGCAAAAUCAAGAAUUAUCUGAUUUGCUUUCAAUUUUUCGCCAUUUUAACCGAUUUGCACAAUGUUUUUGGAUUUUUGCCGGUUUUUUAUUCAUCAGCCGAUAUUUUGAUGUUUUCAUCGAAUGGAUUGUUGACAAAGAUUGUGAAUUAUGAGCCACAUUUUGAUUUUUCGAUUUCGCAGGUUUUUAUGAUUUUGAAAUGCGGGAGUAUUGAGCAACUGUUUUUCAUGAUUUAUCAAGGAAUUUUGCCACCGGUGAGCUUUUUUUGGGUGCAAAAUUUUUGAAAUUCAAAAACAUUCCACGUGGCAAAAACUUUUCAAAUCUACAUAGAAUUGAUUUUUUGAUUUCUAUGUAAAUCCUCAUCCUCUUUUCCCCACUCUCCAAAUGUCAAAUAAAUAUAAUUUAAUAUUUAUUAGAAUGAUAAAAUGAUAGUUGGAGAAUGACUUAUAUACUGGUCAUAACAAAACAAAAUCAUAUUAAAACAAAACAUUAUUGUCAUGAAUAUGUCAUACAUAUCAAAAUAUAAUUAUUAUAAAACAUAUUAUGUUGAUUCAUCGAUAUUAUGACACCAAAAUUACUUUUUUCUUCUGACCAGGAUUAUUUACGUAAAACUACAGUAGUACGUAAAUAAGUGGAAUAAAAGCUUCUUACUUCUGAUUCAGAGACUUUGGGAUUAUUUUUGGCUGGUGAAAAUUGCACGUGGCAACAAAAACAUGUGGAGUUAGAAAAUCCACGUGGCAUUAAUUAAUUUUCUAGUUUUCAAUUGAAACUUAAAAUCCAGUUUCGAUCCCUGAAUACUCUUAUUUUUCCAGAACCACCCGCAGAAACGCAAAAAAUCCACGUGCUUUUUUCGAUUCCUGAUAUCAAAUUCAAUCUGGAUCAUAUUUUCAACAUCCUAUUACUACUCAAUUCUACCAAAUCAAUCAGAAAUCCUUCCCGAAAUUCUCAAAAUUCAUCCGGAAAUAUUCGCAAACUCUUCAAUGCUGCAGCAGCAGCAAAACCUAGCCGCACCAAAAAAACGAAUCACGAUUUUGACCGCGAAAAAUUCGAUUUUCACCCACAUUUUCUAUGCAAUCAUCAUCUCGAGAUCGAUUUUUGGAAUUUGUCAAAGUUUGUAUUUUGUGAUGAAAUGUAAAGAAGUCUUCAUUUAUUAUCCGAUUUUAUCGCAGAGAACAAGGAAGAUCAAAAAAAAGUUUGUGAAAAAUGUGUGUUUGCAAAUUGGUCUGCCGAUUCUGAUUUUCUAUACACCGUUGAUUGUUGCGAUGGUUGCGACACAGUUUGAGAUUUUUGAAGGAGGAUCACAAAGUAAGAAGGGGGAGGAGAAAACUUCCGAAGGUCUGAAUUUUAAAAAAAUUAAUUUUUUUCCAGCCAUCAACUUAAUCUGCCUAAUAAUCAUCUCAACUCACACAUUUUUCGGAAGUCUUGCUCUUUUUUUAUUGCCGGGUUCGUAUCAGAAUUGGAUUCUGAGCCUUUUUGGAAACUCUAAUAAUAAUACGAGUUCUUCUAUUUGAUCAACGACUGUUUUUUGCUCAUCAUUUGAAAUUCUAGAUUUUUUUUUCAUGAAGAAAAAUGCAUUUUUAUCACGGAAUUAUUUUUUUUUGGAGAAGAAAGUGGGAGAGAGAGAUCUUCGUUUUUUUUCAAAUUUGGGAAACUUUCUUUUGGAAAAAUUAAUUACAGGUUAAUUUCAGGAAAAUAAGAUAGAAAUUGAAUUGUCCAGGUUCGUUAAAAAAUUAAUUUCAGGUUGAUUUUAAUGAUUUAUAGACCAGAACAAACUUUUUUGCAGAAAAAAAUGUUUUGCGAAAAUUUGAUUAAUGAAAAAUAAACCAAAGUUUUUGAUUUGGUCUGAAAAAUUUCAGAAUUUUUUUUAGUCAAAAAAUGUUCUUGUGCCACUUGGAGUUUUUAGAAUAAAUAUUUUUUCAGUCUGGAAUUUAAUCUGAAAAAAAUCCUUUGAAAUUCAAUAUUUCAAUUUGCAUUGUCUUGUUUUCGAAUAUCAAAAAAAAAAUUCCCAUUUCCAUUUAAAAUUUUUUGAAGCUACAUUCGAUACAUUAUAUUUUGUAAAUCACAUUUUUCACAUGAAAAACCCAAGAUUUUUUUCUAUAUUUGUUUCUGGGAAAUAUUUGUCACUAAUAUAAUUAAUUAUUCGCUCUAAUUAACACCACAAAAAAAAACAAAGGAGAAAAAAUGUUUUUUUUUGUGAAAAAAAGAAGGAAAGUAUUUUUGUUCAGCUUCAUUGAAUUUUGUCUCAUUUUUUGACAUUUACACACGUUUUUAAUCAACGUUUUCUAGUUUAUUGAACUUUUUCUAGUUGUCAAAACUCUUUUUCAGAAAAAAUGUGAAAUAGGUUUCUCACUUCAAGUUUUUUUCCUCUAGUUUUCAGUUUUGAACACUUUUCUUCUCGAAAUUUGUAGUUUUCUAGUUCAACUAAUAUGUAUUUCCAGCUGAAUUUCUAGCUUUCCAGCCAAAAAUGGUUGAAAAUAUCGACACCGAAGUCGAAUGGUAUUUGAAAAUAAUGCACAUUUCUGCGGCUAUCAGUUUUCCGAUGAAUUUAUUCGGAUUAUUUGUUGUGAUUUUUGCAAAGAAGCGGGAAAUGGGAAGUCAUCGAGUGGAAUUGAUUAUAUUUCAGGUUGGGAUUUUUUUUAAAAACAUUUUCUUAAUCCCCAUUUAUUUUUCCAGCUCUGCUCAAUGCUCACAGAUUUUCUAAUAAACAUCGGAACUCUUCCAAACAUCCUAGCUCCAUAUCCAAUUAUACGAACUCAUGGAAUUUUCACAACGAUUUCCGAAAAAUUGGGAUUCCCAGAAACCGCGAAAAUUCAAAUUCUUUUAAUUCUGAUCUCAAUUUUCUACACAGCAGCCACUUUGGAGCUCAUGUUUUUACUACGGUAUCAAUCAAUUAUCCCGAUGGUGAGUUAAGGUUAAGGUUUUGAUGGUUGAUGGGAAUUUUUUUCAGGGGCAUCCUAGGAAAAUGUCACCGUUUCAAUGUAUUUUGCUGGUUGCGAUUUGCUCGACUCUUUGGUUUUUGACUUGUGUUAUCUCGUUUAUUUAUUCGAUUCCUGAUGUGGAUACUUCGAAGGCGAUUUUUUUGGUGGUGGGUUGGGAUCAGGCUUGGAGUUAGGCUAGGUUCAGACUUGCAGGCAAAGAAAAUUCGAAACUACAAUUAGAACCAUUCUCAUAGAUGUAUCCAAAAGAGUUCGGGGGAGAUUUAUGUAAAAAAAAAAAUUUCCAGGCUCACCCCGAAGCCACCUCGCUCAUCACCCUCUCCUCAAUCCUAAUUCUCUCCUCCGAUCUCAACAUCGCCAACGUCUUCCUCCUCUUCAUCCUAAUAUUCCGUGUAGCCUGUGGUGUUGGUGGAUGUAUUCGUAUGGUCACUCAUAGCUACACGGCACUUCAACAAUUUCCAAUGUCUGAGAGAACUCGAGAAAUGCAUCGAAAACUCAUCAAAAUCAUGUGCUAUCAAACAUCAAUUCCGAUUAUUGCAUUUUAUUUGCCAUUUUUGAUUGUCGUGUUUUGCUUGCUUCUGGAAGUUCAAGAUUCACAAGGUAAUUUACCCUAAGUUUAUUUAGAAUAUAAUGUUCUAAAAUUAAUUACAGUGAUCUGCUUAAUUUGCCUGAUAAUCAUCUCAUUCCACACAUUUUUGGGAACAAUUAGUGUGCUUUAUUUCAACAAACCUUAUCGAUUUUGGAUUGUUCGAAUUCUAACAGGUCGUGGGGAAGUGCAAAGCAACAUGAUUUUCCAGAAGACUGUGACAAUGCAUGUGUCAAGUUAA